UUUAAACGUUUGAUCAUGUCGGAACCAAAGAAAGCAAGAGUAGAAGGACUCUUAAUUGGAACUCAUAGUGGUACUUUUCAUGCUGAUGAAGCAUUAGCCGUGAACCUUUUAAGAAGUUUAGAAGAAUAUAAAUCAUCACGUUUGGUUCGUACAAGAGAUCCAAAAGUUUUAGAAACUUGUGAUAUUGUGGUAGAUGUGGGAGGAGAAUAUAAACCUGAUUCACAUCGAUAUGAUCAUCAUCAACGUGGUUUUAAUGAAACAUAUUCGAGUUCUCAUCUUACUAAACUGUCUUCUGCUGGAUUGAUUUACAAACACUUUGGAAAACAAAUCAUUGCUACUUAUUUAAAGUUAAAAUCAGAUGACGGAUCAUUACCGAUCUUGAUGGCUAAAAUGUAUGAUGAUUUUGUAGAAGCUAUUGAUGGGAUUGAUAAUGGAAUCAAUCAGUACGAAGCUGUUAAUCCGGAUGGUAAACCUGCUGAAGUUGAAGUUCGAAAGAAAUAUAGGAGUAGUACAAGCUUGAGUGAUCGGAUCUCUCGGUUGAAUCCAGAUUGGAACGAACCCAGUAAUUCGGAUAUAUUAGACGCCAAGUUUGAAGUAGCCUCCAAAUUGGCCGGUUCCGAAUUCUUUGAACGUCUGGAUUAUUACGCUAAAUCUUGGUUACCAGGUCGAGAUUUAGUAGUCGAGGCUCUUAAAGAUCGGUUUACUAAUGAUGUUCAAGAUCCACAAGGUCGUGUGCUGGUUUUUGAACAAUUUUGUCCAUGGAAGGGACAUCUUCAUACACUUGAAGCUACUUUAGAAGCUUCGUCUACGGGUGAAAAGGUGUUACCACUCUAUGUAUUAUAUGCUGAUGAAUCAGGAGGUUGGAGAGUUCAGGCAAUUCCAAAAGUACCAGAUGGAUUCGAAUCACGUAAAGCUUUACCAGAAGCUUGGAGAGGAAUAAGAGAUGAAGCCUUAAGUCAACUGACAGGUAUACCAGAUUGUGUGUUUGUACAUGCGGCUGGAUUUAUCGGUGGAAACAAAACAAGACAAGGUGCGGUGGAGAUGGUUAAGAAGGCUCUUGCUCUUUGA